GAUGUAUACCUUUCUUCAUCAUAUAAAAAAAAAAAUCAUUUUUGUGUUAAAUGUCGUAGGAACAACUUAAAAACUACAUGAGUGAAUCUACUUCUUUUGCAAGUGCAUUGGAGGACACUACAUCUUGGCGAGAUGAUAUACUCUUUAAGGUGAAGGGAUCUGACAAGAAAGGGAGGGUUUGCUGCUUAGGGAAGGUCCCAACUUUUAUGUGGUUAUCUCUGCAACUAAAAGGACCCUGCCUACUACGAUCCUUGCCUUCACCGAUUGCAGAAAAAAAGCUGAAAUCUCAAUAUCCUGAAGUGGAUGUGAUGAAAAUCACCUUUGGCAAACAAGAGGAAAGAGUGAAGGAAGACGGUGAAAUUAAGGAAGGCAAAGCAGAGGCUGUGGGCACAGAGGUCGAAAAGAGCCAGCCACCUCCUCCAGUGGAAAUCCAUCCAGUUCCCUUAGAAGAAGAGUAGCCAGCCCUUCCAGAAGUGGAGCAGCCACCUCUUUGUGUAGAGCAACAGCCACCUCCCCCAACAGAGUAGCUAGGGUUUCCAUUUUUUGAUUUGUAUUUUCUGUUAAAAUUGGAACAAUUUGUUGAUUUUAUUUUGAACAUUUUUGUAAGAUUUGAUUUAACGAUUGAAUAUAUUGAGGAUUUGUUUCAAGAUUUAUGUUAUGUUGCCAUUAUGUAAGAACAAAAAUGGAAGAAAUCACUUUGAAUGUGAAGUGAAAUUCAUUAAUAAAAUUAAAGUUCAAGG